AUGAGGAAAAUCUUCAGGUUGCAUUACAGCAGUCUCCGCGUUGUUGGUGUAACAAAGGAAUACGAUGGCGUUCGCGUAAGAUAUACAGCUCGACUAGAAAAUUCUACAAGCUUUCAUUCAGGAACAGCGACUCUACGUAUAGCUGAACUACCCACGGUUUCCAGACAUUCAAGAAUUUUGGUAGGUGAAUUGGGGUCUAUUUUUGAGGCUUGUUUCAAGGUCACCGGAAGUCCGAAGCCUUCACUAAGAGUCAACAAAGAAGGCAAUGACAACAUCAGCAGCACGGUUUCUACUAACACAACGAGAAACUGCGUCUACUUUGGACCUCUACAACUCAGUGAUGCUGGAAAUGUUACUGUAACAGCAGAAAAUUGUUAUGGAAAAUCAAACUUCACUCUUUACUUUCAAAUAUUCCAAAAACCAUCUUCCAGUCCAACCACAAUUUACUGUUCAAGAAAUAUCACUCAAUAUGAAGCACAUACAACGCAACUUUCAACUACCAAUAAUAUACAAGCACAACAAAUACAGAAUCAUCCAACUGAUGUUUUUGGUUCAGCAGCGAACACAUUCAUUUUGCGUUACAAUGGAAGAACUGUGGCUUCGAGCGAAUCGAAAAUCACAGUGUCUGUUAAUUCCACACUAACAAUGCAAUACACUGUGACUAAUCCACAGAAUAGACUACACGUGUGUCACAAUGAGAAAGCAACGGAUCGUGUGUUUGAUUGCUAUCCAUUUUUAAUCAUACCAAACGUACAACAAUCAGACAGUGGGAUGUACGAAAUCAUUGCAAGAAAUAGAGAUGUAAAUAUGAGAUUGUAUUUCAAGCUUCAAGUGAAAGCAUCACCUUCAACAGUGGACACAUCAGCUACACCAUCAAGUCACAACGUGUUUGAACUACGUGACACGUCGGAAAAAAUUGAAGUGUGGACUACAGCAGUCAUUGUCGCCUCGGUCUGUAUUUUUGUCUUUGCUCUGCCAACUGCCUUUCUUGUUUACAAAUAUCGUCAACGCUCGAAUUUGUUAACUCGCAGGCUAGAUAACUCUAAUAAAGAAGAAACUGGAGAACCGAGAAGUCCCACCACAGAUUCAAAUGUUGAAGGAUCAAGGCAAACAGCGAUUUUUACUAAAAGUGAAGAAACUGUGAGUCUAGUAAAUCCGACGGCGAAUCCGACGGCUGCAUGUGGAGACGCUGUCUACGAAUCUUGCGAAGAGAAUCAAGUACGACAAGUCACAGCAGAAUCAUCUCAUGAUUUAGCCUUGGAUAUUGCUGUUCAAGACAAUGCAGCUUACGGAGCAACAGUUUAAUCAGCGUUUUAAAGUACUGUGUUUUGCUACUGUUUGCUAUUCAGUUGACUUUAAGUACCGCAUGGCAAACAUCCGGGUAACUGUCAAGUAGCUACAGAUCUUUUUUCAAUGUGCUUUUGUGUUUGUAGCGUAGUAUAAUAAGAGUCUAUGCAUUUUGCAGAGAGAA